CUCGGAUGAUACAUCAAGAUUAAAAAAGGGAAAAACACUAAAAUUGAAGGUCACAAGAUCCUCACCGCCCCUGGAAUUAAAGUACUACGGCAAGGGUGAGUUACCGAAGGAGGAUCAGGAGCGAAUUGAAAAAUUCCUGACAAGCACCACCCCCUCCGCAUUAGUACUGCCUUCGAAAGAUAUUGACAUUGGGAGGAAGGACUUGGUUGACCUAACAAGUCACAUGGCCUUCGUCAGCUCCGAUGUUAUUAACGCCUACCAGAAUUUACUCAAGGAGGCGGAAGGGGACAAGUGCAUAUACACGACGUCAUUCCUUUAUCAGACCCUAGGGACUGCAAUGAGCCCCGAGAUGUUUUUGGUCGACAUCACCCAGGAGAGGAUCAAUGAGGCGAAAUACUGGUUCAUCCCGCUCUUCGACUUCGAACACUGGCAUUUGCUGGCUGUUGAUCUCCAAGGCGGGAAGUACCUCCACUUAUCAUCCAUUAAAAACCCUAAAUACAACGCGGGGUUUGAAAAAGCAUGUAAAUUCAUAGGAAAUUAUUUACAAGAACAUUUUUCUGAUUUGUUUGGGCGCCGCGGUACCCGUCCCGUCGACUGGGAGAUGAUCAAUCUGGAAGAUAUCCCCAUGCAAGAUCAGUCAAAUGACUGCGCAAUCUUCCUGUUAGCAUACGAGGAAUACUUGCAGAAGGGGAGGAAUUUGGACUUCUGCCAGAAGGAUAUGACGAGGAGACGCGGCGAGAUAGCAGCAGAAUUCUUGCGUCUUUUUGACACGUAAUAAUUCGACGCUGGUUCGAGUUACAAUUCUUUCAUAUGUACUAUCAUUUUUUUCACAGUAUGACGAAUUGGUGUACAUAUUGUAAUUCUCAUUACCUUUGUUAUAAAUAUAUGGGUAGGAAUUUACUUGUAAUGUUUGUCGUUACACUAUUUACUAGAAUGUUGAACUAUUAUCCGUCCAUGUUUCAAGGUGUUUGCACUGGUGCGAACUAGUGUUGCACGCUUAGAAUAGCAGUUACAUGGUAUCACCUGGCAUUUCUCUUCUCGUUGCACUAUUAUCUCAGACUUGUUUGGUUUCACAUAUUUCGGAAAAAUAAUAGCCGAACAGCAAACAUCGGGGCUGGCGAAUACUAAACAAAAUACAAAAAAAGUGCAAUACUAACGAGAUAUUACAGUAACAUUCGUCAUAACGGUGCAACGAUAGGCUGUAAUAAUAGUGCAACGCCA